CCAGCCAGUUGUCCAUGCACUGCCGCAGGCAGCCGCUCUGCAGGACACGGCAGUGAGGGCAGACACCUCCAGCCACCCUGUCCCCCAGCUCAGCACCCCGGAAAAGGCACCAGCUCUUCCAACAGAGUCCAGAAAGGAGGAUCCCUCCAGAGACGCCAGCGUCCUAGCUUCCACAGCCUUAUUCUCAGGAGAGCAGGAGACACCAGGGCCUGUCGCGCUCACUCAGGCUGCCGUCCCCCGGACACACGUGCCAGCAGCAGCACCACAGCCGCAGACCGAGCCGCUGGCCCUGGGCUUGUUGCACGGGAAGGGGCUGGGGGCUCCCGUGCUCCAGCUCCCCGAGGACGGGAUGGGCUGUCAGGCAGCGCUGCUCAGUGCCCAGGCCCACGUGGCAGAGCUGGAGAGACAGGUCCAGGCACUGGAACUGGAGCGGAUGCAGCAGAAAGUGUUGCUGGAGAAUCUCCAGCAGCGACACCAGGAGGACUUGGAUCUCCUUGAGAGCGCACACAAGAGCCGGGUGAAGGUGGUGGAGGAGACGUGCGGGCAGCGGGCAGAGCGGCUGCAGCAGGAGAAGGAGCAGCUGGCGGCGCAGCUGGCGGCGCAGGGCCAGGCGGCGGAGCGGGCGCAGGCAGAGCUGCUGCAGCGGCACCAGCAGCAGCUGCGGGCCCUGGAGCAGCAGAGCGCGCAGGAGCUGCAGCGCCUGCAGGAGCUGCAGAGGACAUCCGUCCAGGAGAUGCGCAAGGACCACGAGGAGCAGCUCCAGCGGCUGAAGAGGCUGAAGGACCAGGAGAUCGACGCAGUGACCAGCGCCACUUCGCACACCAGGUCUCUGAACGGUGUCAUCGAGCAGAUGGAGAAGUUUUCCAGUGACCUGCACAACCUCUCACACCGCGUAGAGGCCACACACCACAGCACGUCCCAGGAACUGGCCAUGGGGGCCCAGCAGCGUGACAAGCAGCUCAAGGUGCUCCAGGACAGGCUGCUGCAGCAGCAGAGGGACAUGGAAGAAGAGCGGGGCCGACUCCAGGAGGUUAUUGCUAAAAUGGAGGCAAGGCUGGGCGAGCAGACUCGGUUGCUGGAGCAGGAGCGGUGGAGGGCAACAGCCGAGCAGUCCAAGGUGGAAUCGCUGCAGCGCUCACUGGAAGAGCAGCGGAGAGUCAUGACCCAGCAGCUCUCCAUGGAGCGGGCAGAGCUGGAGAGGGCCAAGAUGCCGUUGCUGGAGGAGCAGAAGUCGGUGAUGCAGAGGUGCUCGGAGGAACGCCGCAAGCUGGCGGCCGAAUGGGCCGAAUUUCACACCCAGCAGCAGCUGAGCAAGGAGCGGCUGGAGCGCGACAUGGAGCUGGCCCUGCAGCGGGACUCCCAGAGGGAGGGCACCAUCCUGAGCCUCGCCAAGGAGCAGGCAGAGCUGAAGAUCCGGGCUGGUGGGUUGAAGGUCAAGGAGGAGCAGCUGGUGAGGGACAGGGAGCUGCUGGAGCAGGCCUGGCAGGAGCUGCGGCUGGAGAAGGAGAAGGUGAACCGGGCUGCGCUGCACGUGCGGCAGCGCGCGGAGGAGAUCGACACCAUGAGCAAGCUCUCGGCACAGAAGUGCGAGGAAGGGGAGCAGGCGCUGCGGGAGGCCCGCAGGGUAGAGUCCGAGCACCAGGCCCGACUGCGGCUGGUGCAGCAGCAGCUGGAGCAGCUGAAGCAGCAGGAGCAGCAUCUGCACCAGGAGCGGCUGAGCGUGGCUCUCCAGAGGAGCCAGCUGCAGCAGCUACGCGAGGAGCUGCCCAACAGCCCCGCGCUGCUUCUGGCCACGGCCCAGGACGUCAGCGGUGCCACCACGGGCCUCUCCAGCACGCUGUCGUUGGUGCAUGUUCAAGCUCUCAUUCCAGGCUUUCCGACUCCCACCACGGCGUUCCCUAGAUGCAACCCAGGCGGCAGCAGGGACAGCCUGGGCACGGCAGGCCCGUCGGAGCUCUAUGCCAAGCUGCUGCUGCUCAAGCACAGGGCUCAGCAGGAUCGUGACUUCUUGGAAGACGAGCAGUUCUUCCUGGAGACCCUGAAGAAGGCGUCCUACAACACUUCAUCUCUGUUGGCCUGA